AGUUCUUCCGCAGAGUCUUCGCACUUCAACAAGUCAACAUGUUAGGACGUCAGCAGCUCUAUCAAAAUGAGUUUCGCUAUAACCUUCUUUCUACAGAGCUACACAGGGAACAAGGUGCCCUCCGCAUUCCUUACAGGUGACGCAAACCGCGAGUGGUUUGCCUUAGAAAAAAGCCUUGAGGAACAAAGCUUAGAUGCGAAAGGAAAAAAAUAUUUUCAGGUGCUCGAAUCAUUCAUAGCUAAUAGGAAGAGAUUCCCAUGGAAUACCUACUUGGAGGCUAACUCAAGUGCGGGGGUUCGGGGUAUAUCGGUAUGAUAGGCGACCAGAAGUGACUGCUAGUCAUCGGCGAGGGCCGCUAUGGAUGUUCAUUUCUGAGCAGAAGUUAGCCAGCGCCUGAUAGCCUGGAGAGUGAGGUUUGGGCUCCUAAUCCUCAUCAUCACCCUUAUAAAUCGCAGCCUGACUUGUUUGGACAUCGUCCACAUUAGCAGCUAUACUCUUAGUAGUAUAUGGCUUCCAGGGAAUCGAGUACAAAUCGUUAGUAUAUUAACCAUGGGUCGGGAUAUGAAAGGAAAUAUCGCUGAGACUGCCGAGACUAAGACGCUGCUCUUGCCGCCUCCUCUCCUCCCGGUUCCCUACGAUGCCGCCCUCCCCGGCGACGAGCUAUGCUCGGCUUGCGCUGCAUUAAAGCUAACGACCCGGCGCUUUAUCGUCUUCCCCGACGAUCCCGAAUACAAGCAAUGGACAGAGAAAAUCUCCAAGCCCGUGCAUCACGCCUCUAUCGCCGAUAUUCGGAGCCGCACCCACUGUCCUCUCUGCCGACUUCUUCUCAUAGCGCUUGGCGGCGAACGCGUCCCCGAUGUCGAUCGUCGCAACCGGGCUGUGCAGGUCGGCAUCAGCUGGGGCACUGACGGGCACGCGCCGUCGCUCGACGAACAAUGGGCCACCCUCAGUGACAUUCGCGCCAUAUGGCCUGAGCUUAUCGUCGAGGGCGGCAAUCCUGCCGACAUCGACAUCGAGACGGUGACCAUUUCUCCACAGAUCACCCUGCUGCUUAACGACGCGCCAGCCGACACGCCCCCCGCCGCCUUCCCCUUCCUCCCGCGCCCGAUGCGCCGCGACUAUAUCGACUUUGACCUCGUGCGCUACUGGUUAGCCAUAUGUGAGACGCGCCAUCGCCGAGUGUGCCACUCCAAGCGUAUCAUGCGCGAGAUGGACUGGGGCUCGCCUGUGAUGGUCGUCCCGGACUUUCGCUGCGUUGAUCUCGAGGAGGACUGCCUCGUGCGUCUCCGCGGCGUGGACACCGACCUGCGGUAUGCUGCCCUCAGCUACGUCUGGGGCCAGGGCGGUGCCGACAAGGACUUUUUCAAAACUCUAACUGCCAAUGUUAUCGAACGCGAGACGCCCGGCUUCUUCGCCCGUAACGAGAGCCAAGACUGCCUGCCGGCCACAAUCCGCGAUGCCAUGACGGUGGUGCGGAGACUAGGCCUGCGGUAUAUCUGGAUAGACAGCCUGUGUAUCGUGCAGGACGGUCAAGGAGAGGAUUGGCUUAAGGCAAUCCAGAAUAUGGACUUGGUGUACGGCGCUGCCUACGUGGUCAUAUGUGCGGUAGGUAGCGCAAGUGCAUUCGAGGGCAUUAAGGGCGUUGAGAAGAAGCGCGGAUCGCGUAGUAAUGUGCGGAACAUAGAGCAGAUUGCUGACGGCUUUCGACUCGCCUAUUGUAGGGGCAUCGACACUGAAUUGGAGGACUUGACAUACUAUACCCGCGGGUGGACUUACCAGGAGCAGCAUUUUGCCUGCCGCGCCCUUAUCUUCACCGACGACUCCGUCAGCCUCCAAUGCCGUUGCAAGGUACACUUUUCAGAGGACACAUUUGAGGAUACAACAGAGAUCAAAAAGCCGCCCAGGGCGUCCUUCGCGGGCAACGACAACGACAUUGGCGAUAUCGUUGAACGCCACAUCCAAAACUAUUCAGAGCGCCACCUAACCGAAGCAACGGACAUCUACCGUGCCUUUGCGGGCGUCGCGCGUCAAAUCUGCCGUAACUUGAAGUCGGAUCUGUGCCACGGUUUACCGGCGCGCUUCUUCGACUGGUUCUUACUCUGGGAGCCACUGAAGGAAGAUGCUCCGCGGCGUCGGGCCAUCGCGCCGAGCUGGUCGUGGGCCGGGUGGCACGAUCCUGCGUGGUCGCGCAUCUGGGACUGGUAUACGCGUGACAUUAAGGUCGUGCGGCACGGUAUUAGGAAGCGUACUUGGAUCAUGUGGUACCAACGCAAGGGACAUGAGUCGACGAGUUGUGAGCUCGUGUGGAGACACUACAAGGAUGGCAAGGGGAGGGAGUUGAACUUUUACGGCGGGCCGGUGCGCAAGAAGGAGCGCUUUGCGCUUGCCAUUGAUUGCUCGACCACUGAGCCGACAGCCCGGACGCUGACGGGAGACGGACUGCCGCAGUAUACGGAUGAUAUUCUUAGCGAAACCCCGGGGUCCGGACUUUUGCAGUUCUGGACCGUGUCGGCCACGUUCGAGCUGCGUCGGGUCGGGAAGGGCGACGAUGGCGUCUACGGGCAGCGAGUCCCGAGACAACAGGCAGAAACUUCCUCCGAAUCCUCUGAUGAUAAUAAUGAUGAUUAUGACUCUGGCUUUAACGACGACGAAGACGAUAAGGACGAUGAUUAUGACUCUGACUUUGACGAUGACGAUGACGAUGAUUAUGACUCCGAGUCUAAUGAUGAUGAAGAUGACGAUUACGAUCCUGAUAAACAACCCGGAAUCAAGCUCAUCAUAGCUGGACAGUCGGGCCUUGCACUCGGCCGCAUUUACGUGCCGACCAACUGGAGCGGGCUCUCCGAGCUCGACGCGUCGAACGGCGGCCCGUACCGACGCGAGUUCGUGGUUCUCUGCGAGGCUCGCGACGAGCGGGCGAAGUACUCUAACCUCGUCGACGAGGAUGGUGGGUGGCGCUAUCGCAUUAUGUUGGUGGAUCCCAAGUGCGGAGGGCAGUACUUUGAGAAGGUAUCGGUCGGAUCUGUUGGCUUGGGAGACUUGAAUGAGGCGGUUGGAGGACUGGUUUGGAAGGAGUUCAUUCUCGGGUGAGUGAAGUGGAAAAAAGGGGUUGGGACCGUGAUUUUAGUGAUAGUAGCAUUUCUAGAAUCUACCUUCUCGUCCUCUUUCUUCUGAAUACGUCCCGAUUACGUAGUAAGCUUCGUUUAUCUCUUAAUUCCUCUACAUCCCUGAGUCUUGCGUACCUUUUCACAACCUACCAGGUUGUUCAAACGAUACGGCUGCAAAGGUUACGAUUUUGUGGGUAGUAGGUAGCUUCAGGAGCCAAGAGAAAAGGCGAGCGUUGAGGGCGAAUCGAUUCUUCUGUUCCAACAUCACAUUGUCGAGGCCUUCGUGAUCUUGUUACCAGCUCUACCCACCUGUAUGCACGCAAAGCUAUUGGUUCCACUCGAGAGGCUCAGACAACACAGCAUUAAUAAUGAUAUAGCAUAGAUAGGUAGGUUGCACAGAAUCUAGG